AUGGCCGCGGGGAGCUGCACGCCCGAGCGGCGCGACGCCUCCUGCUCACGCAACCCGCCGCUCCCUCUCCGCUCCCACCAUGCGAUGCGCUUCGAUUUGGCGCCCGAGCGGCUACGCCCCCUCGGCCUCACAAUCCCUGCCACCUCCCGUUCGCAGGUGUGGCAGAACUCGAUCAACAUGCUCGACAAGCUCAAACGCGAGCUGGUGCCGGCCGCCGGUGACAAGCUCGUGCUCAAGCUCUCUCCUCCGCCGCCGCCGCUUGCUGACAAGCAGGCUUGUGCUUUCGCGCACGCGUGCGGCGUCAAGGACGACGUCAAGGCCGCGCCCAAGCCCGCAGUGGACACGGCCAAGCCCGACGGCGAUGUGGACGAGAUCUACUUGUCGUCGCCGCCGUCGCACCUCGGAGCCGAGGCGUGCGGCAUCAAGUCCGCCGCCGCCGAGGAGCUCGCCGCCAAGUCCGCCGCCGCCGAGGAGGACGCCGAGUCGGCCACCGAGGAGGCGACCGCCGAGGAGGCGGCCACCAAGAAGGCGACCACCGAGGAGGCCGCCGCCAAGUCCGCCACCGAGGAGGAGUCCGAGGAGGCAGUCACCGAGGAGUCCGCCGCCGAGGAGUCCGCCACUGAGGAGGCCGUCGUCGCCGAGGAGUCCGCCACCAAGUCUGCCGCAGCCGAGGAGUCCUCCGCCACCAAGUCCGCCGCCGCCGAGGAGUCCUCCGCCACCAAGUCCGCCGCCGCCGAGGAGUCCGACAACAAGUCUGCUGCCGCCGAGGAGUCCGCCACCAAGUCCGCCGCCGAGGAGUCCGCCACCAAGUCCGCCGCCGCCGAGGAGUCCUCCGCCACCAAGUCCGCCGCCGCCGAGGAGUCCGCCACCAAGUCCGCCGUCGCCGAGGAGUCCUCCGCCACCAAGUCCGCCGCCGCCGAGGAGUCCGCCACCAAGUCCGCCGUCGCCGAGCCUGCCGUGGAUUGCAUGGCGCUUGUCCGCUCGGCGCAGCACGAGGCCAAGAAUGAGAAGAACAAGGCGCCGACCAAGGCGGAGAAGAAGGACUGCGCCGCCGGCGUCGCCAACGAGGCUCGCCCCCAUCCGCCCUGCCUGCCUUCCUCGCUGCCAUCGGCCAGCCUAUGCCGUGCGCGGCUGCAUUGCACCUCACUCUCCAGCCGCCCCGUACGAGUGAACUCGAUCAACAUCAUGGCAGAGAACAAGACGGCAGGGAAGGUCGGCAUCAUGCCGGCCGACGUCUUCUCCGCGCCGCCCCUCGGAGCCAAGGCGGCGUGCGAUAAGAAUGACGUCGUGAAGGGCGUCCCCGAGGCCAAGUCUGGCGCGGAGGCCUCCCUCGACGAGAGCACCCUCAAGAAGGACCCGGCCGCGGAAAAGGACCCCGCCGCGGACAAGGUCGACUCGGGCAAGGCCACGGCCAUGUUCUCCGCCCACGAGCCGAGCCCGAACGCCGUUUUCUGGUCCAAGCUUGACCCGCCGACGUCCCCCAACGGCACCAAAGAAGCGCCGGCUCUCAAGCCGGUCACCGAAGACGCGCCGGCUUUCAAGCCGGUCACCGCCGGCGGCGCGCCGCUGCCGUCGAUCAAGGAGUUUCCAGCGGAGGAGCCCCCCUCUUCAGGCAUCGCCGACUGGACCACCCCGUCGAACCCGCGCCGCAAGAACGGGCGCAAGGGCGCGUCCGCCCCGAUCGUCCGCACCAAGAGCAUCACCCCGGUCGGCGGCAAGAACAGGUUCGGGGCCCUGCUCGGAACGGACGGCAACGAGGGCAUCCUCGGUGGCACCGGCAAGGUGACCGGCGGCUCCACGCCGCCGACCGCAGACUCGGGCGCGACGGUCGACGUCGAGACGACCACGAAUACCACGCCCGAGGGCUCUGCCGCCGGCCGGUUCCCGUGGCCCAAGUCCUACAACUUGCUCCGCCUCUUUGGCAUCCUUGCACUGUUCUGCCUCGGAGCCGGGUUUGCGCACUCCUCGUACUCUGCCACCGCCGCGCUUCUCUCCUCGCAGCGGAACGACUCCCCGUGGCCGACAUCGCCUCUCGCGACCGUCGCAAAGCCGUUCACGCCGGCAUCGCCCAACGGCUUCUGCGAGGUUGGCGGCAACGACGCCAGCUCGUUUGUAGCCAUCGUGUCGUCGGACAGCGCGCCCGCCAACCACCCGGUGCGCGCUCGCUCGCGCGUGCUAGUAUCCCCACCGCGCAAGCUCGUGACUAACAGCCCGCGCGCUGAUCAGGGCGGGCACGAGGACGGGCGCUCGUGGGGAGCACUGAUGGAAGAGAUCGACGAGGCGGUGGGCGAGCCGUUGCACCCGAUUGGCGAGCCGCCGGUGUCCGUCAAGGACCUUUACGAGAAGCAGCCGGCCGAGGCCGAUUUGGAGACCGUCCCGGCCUCGCGCAACAGCAUGGAGCGCAAGGGCGAGCCCGAGAUCGACUCUAUCGGUCCCGUCUACAGAAGCAGAUCGGGGAUCAUCGUUCGCGAAACCGUCCUGCCCGUGAACGGCACGUCGCCCGAGAUGCGGUCCGCCGACGCUGGGAACACGCCCGAGAAGCUGGUUGAGACUGGCCUCGGCGCGCCCGUCUCUAGCAUGCACGCCGGCGGCGAGUGGCGGGUGAACAGAUUGGCGACCGCUUCUCCAGCCACAACCAAGGAUCUCUUCCUCCAGCUUGGCCGGGCCAUUGACCCUCUUCUCGCGGAGCCGGCAUGGCCUGCAGAGGUCCGUGCCGCUCAGAUCUCCGAUUCGAACUCGGUCCAGUCCGAUAUCUCCUCCGUCUCACGUGUGUGCGCCGACCGGCAGCCACGCUGCGCCGCCCCCGUUGCGUGGCAUGCGGAGCCUCACCACGCACUCACCGACGAGCUCUCCAUCGACCUGCCCUCCCCGUUCCACUUUCCCUUCAUGAGCGGACCCUCCUCUUCCGCGCCUGUCCGCACCCAGCAGCGCUGUCAGUUUUGGGCCGCCUUGUUCGUGCUGCUCGGAGCGUGCGGCGGCGUGCUCUCGGUGCGGAGGAGCAGCUCGGGGCGCCUCGUGCGGUGCCGGACGGGGGCGAGGCGUGGCGCGUGGCUGCUGAUUCUCGCCGCGCUGCUCCCGCUGGCAUGUGCACCAUCAGUCCACACGUCUGGCUCGGGCGAGACUGGCUCUGGGGAGAUUGGCUCUGGGGAGGUUGACAUCGAUACGUCGCCAUCAAUCGACUUCCAGGUCACUGUGGGUGGCGGCAGCUAUCCGUCCGAGGUGUCGUGGGCCCUGACGUGCAGCGGCGCGUUGAUCGGCAGUGGAGGGGCCCCCUACUCCGGCACCCUGUCCGCGCCGCUCGGCGAGUGCACGCUCGACAUGUACGACUCGUACGGCGACGGCUGGAACGGCGACUUGUGGAAGGGUGCGGGCUAUACGUUCACGCUCGGCUCCGGAUCCUACGGCAGCGAGACGUUCAUCCUCGCCCCCCUCCCUCCGUCCUCUCCGUCGCCGCCGUCGCUGCCGCCGCCGCCGCCGUCGCUGCCUCCGUCACCGCCGUCGCUGCCUCCGUCACUGCCGUCCUCUCCGCCGCCGCCAUCCUUUCCGCCGUCGCCGCCAAUCGACUUCCAGGUCACUGUGGGUGGCGGCAGCUAUCCGUCCGAGGUGUCGUGGACCCUGACGUGCAGCGGCGCGUUGAUCGGCAGUGGAGGGGCCCCCUACUCCGGCACCCUGUCCGCGCCGCCCGGCGAGUGCACGCUCAACAUGUACGACUCGUACGGCGACGGCUGGAACGGCGACGAGUGGGAGGGUGCGGGCUAUACAUUCACGCUCGACUCCGGAUCCUCCGGCAGCAAAACGUUCAUCGUCGCCCCUUUCCCUCCGUCGCCGCCGUCGCCGCCGUCGCUGCCCCCUCCGCCGCCGUCCUCUCCGCCGCCGCCGCCUCUGUCGCCUCUGCCGCCGCUCUCCCCGGACUUUGUCGCCGCGGCGAGCGAGGCUAAGCUCCGCUCCCUGAUCGCGGAGGCUGCUGCUUCGCGAGCCGACCACGGCGGCGUCGUCUACGCGGAGUCCAGUGGUGCGGUCUCGAUAAUCGGCUCGACCGUGUCGGGCUGCUCGGCUGGCACUGAGGGCGGCGUGGUCAACGCGUAUGACAGCGGUGCGGUCUCGAUAAUUGGCUCGAAUCUGACGAGCUGCUCGGCUGGCGCUGAGGGCGGCGUGGUCAACGCGUAUGACAGCGGUGCGGUCUCGAUAAUUGGCUCGGCCGUGACGAGCUGCUCGGCUGGCAAUAACGGCGGCGUCGUCAACGCGCUUCAGAACAGCGGUGUGGUCUCGAUCAUCGGCUCGGCCGUGACGAGCUGCUCGGCUGGCAAUUACGGCGGCGUCGUCUCCGCGACUUUCAGUGAGUCCCUCUCCAUCGCGGGUGUCGACUUCAUCGACAACGGAGCGGGGAGGUCAGGCUCGGUGCUGCACCUGCAAGAACUCCGCCAACGCUCCUCGAUCAGCGACGCCUCCUUCACCGGCAACACUGCUGGCGACGACACGACGAUACAGACAAACUCGCCGAUAGACUGGGACUGCCGCUUGGGCAGCUGGAUGCCGCGCAAGGGCUCCUUUUUUGGCGACUUCAGCGUUCCCGAGUACAUCAUAGGCUGCCCGACGGGCCGGGGCGACGGCCGACCGGCGCUGCCGGUGCGGCGGCCGGAUGGCGCGUGGACCCGGUUCGACGAGCAGCCGGGCGGCGACCGCUGGCGCCGCGAGUGGGCCAAGCCGUGGCCGCUCGUGUACGACUCGCGGCCGGGCGACCCGCCCCUCCCCGCCGAGGCGCGCGCCGGCCGCUGGGCUCCCUUCCUCUCGGACGGCUGCGUCGUCGGCGAGGCCGCUGCCUCGUCUGGCGCCGCUGCGGCAGGAAGAGCAGGGCAUGCCGUCGCGUCUGCGGCGGAGGGGUCGCCGCUGCGGGUCUACGUGCACGAGAUGCCGUCCCGAGUUCACUGA